UCGAUAGUCAAUAACAACAUUGACAGCUGUUCGGCAGAAAAUAUUCCAAAUCGCAUUAAUUGCUCUGAAAUCGAGCGAAAUAAGGUUUUCCAAGGUAUCUUCCGAUCCGAAAAGAGGAAAGUUGCUGGCGCGUGAGUGGUCAUCAUGCUAUUGGCGUAGAGAGACUUUCGAUCGCACUUCGCACGCUUUAAUUCACCUGACGACCAGAAGCUCUCUUUCAAUUAUGCUCUUCACGCGCCGGCGACAACUCAAAAGAAUACAGAACGGACGUAAAACAAUCACAAUGUACGAGCUUCAUAGUUGCCUAAGGUCCGUUUUCUUUGCCACACUCAUUCCCGGAACGAUCCUACUUAGUUGGCUAACUGGUCUAGUGGGUCUUCGAUCUCUGCAAGCAUGUCUGGUGGUCUUCUUCCUGAUCUUUGUGGUCCUGCCGCUGAUAUUUCGCUACUCCGUGACGUUUCAACGCGGCAUACUAUUCCUCACAUUCAUUAAAUAUCCCAAGGGACUUGAUCUCACCAAGCCAGAGAGCGUGGGACUGUAUGCCACUAGGAAUUUUUACAUCACCGUCAAAGAUCACGAUCAGGACGAGGAUGGCGUGCGUGUUGGUGUUUGGCAUGUCCUGCCCAGCAAUGCAGUACGUCGCUUUAAGCGCGAACUCCGCGUUGAGGAGGAGGUUAAUCAAGACCUGGAUCAGCACCUGGAACCCGCGCCUGGCAACGAACAGGAGCUGAAGGCACUGGCGCCAGCUAUACGCUCUGAAUUUCCCGUCGUGCUGCCGGAAAACGAGCAGCUCUUCUACGAGCGCUUGCUGCGGAUGCCAGGUGGCACUGUGGUCCUCUAUCUCCACGGAAACACAGCCAGCCGAGGCAGCGGUCACCGAUCGGAGGUGUAUAAGCUGCUGAGGAAGCUAAACUACCAUGUGUUCUCCUUCGACUACAGAGGCUAUGGGGACUCGGACCCCGUGCCUCCAACGGAGGAAGGCGUUGUACGCGAUGCUAUGAUGGUGUUUGAGUACAUAGCCAACACCACCUCCAAUCCGAUCGUGGUGUGGGGUCACUCCCUGGGCACCGGAGUAGCCACGCACCUAUGUGCUAAGCUAGCGAGUUUAAAUGAAAGGGCUCCCAGGGGAGUGAUUCUCGAAAGCCCUUUCACCAACAUACGGGAUGAGAUACGCAUGCAUCCGUUCGCCAAGCUCUUUAAGCACCUGCCCUGGUUCGAUUUCACUAUUUCAACACCCAUGUACAACAACAUGCUGAGGUUCGAAUCGGAUCUUCACGUCCUGAAGUUUCGGCAGCCCAUUUUGAUCAUUCAUGCAGCGGACGAUGUUGUGGUGCCGAUCCACCUGGGCUACCGUCUGUAUAGAAUCGCCCUGGACGGAAGAAGUCGGGCCUGGGGACCCGUGGAGUUCCAUCGCUUCAGAGCCAGCCUAAAGUAUGGACAUAAAUACCUCUGCCGAGCUCCGGAAUUGCCGGGAAUGAUCCAAACCUUUGUGGAGAGCUACCGGGAUGCUGUCUACUAGAUCCUAUGAUCUGGGCAUUAAUUUAUGUAUAUGAUAAUUAUUCUAAUUUAAUUUUUUACCGCCACUAUUGACACGUUCCAAAAUUUCCGCCCUGUGCAAGCAAAUUAAAGCAGUCGAGGAACAUGGACGUUUUUUAUUUUUAAUUUCAUUUUGACUGUGCUGCAAUGUCCUUUUGGUUAUUUAAAGGAACUACUAUGAAGUUACGACAUUAUCAUAACGAGGAAGGCUAACUUUUAAAAACCGGUGUUCUUAAACCGUUCAAGUUAUAACAAGAAUUGAUAAGUGUAUGACAGUCGUAGAAUAUAGUCAUAAGAUGUGAAUAAAAUUAUAAAUGAACA